GCGCUUAAGUUUGCGGCCCUGCACGAGGCGUGCACCGCACCGUGUCUACUGUGUCUGUAUAUAUCUGUCUGACUGAGCGAGGUGGUCCCAUACUCGGAAGGGAGCGAGUGCGUCGUCAAAAUAGUCCGAAUGAGGUCGAGCAAACGGUGAAGGAGCGGCUGCGGUGGCUCAAAGGAACGGACGGACUACAAUGUUUCGCGAGCAAGUGAACAAGCUGGCUAUUUGGUUCGAGCAGUGGAAUGAGUGCGAGCAAACUGUGGCUUUGUACUCUUUGCUCAAGCGAUUGGCGCCGCAUCAAGCCCGCUUCUGCUCGCUAGUGCUCGACCAGUGCCUCCAGGACAACCACGAACUUCUGCAACAGGAACAACGCGCCAAUAACCCUGCGUAUGUGUCCAGUUUGCUGGGCGAAAAUACGUCUAACGGCGGGGGUGCUGGACGGGAGGGAGCGCUACCGGUGGCGCCUCUGCUGAACCACCUGCUCUUGUUGCGUCCGGGCAACCAUGAGGCCAAGGCAUGCUACCUAUCGCAGAUCCCACGUGUCCUCGGCGCCUCCAUCAGCUCCAACACCAACAUCGAGGCGGCCCGCCAACUGCUCUCGUACAGCCUCAUUCACCCGGCCAUAGGCACAGAUGACCGCAAACUGCUAACCCAAUGGCUCUCUCACUUGGAGGAGCGCAUCAAAAAUCAGCCGUCGGUACCCGUGCCCGCGAAUGCACCGGUGGCGCACCAUGAGCACACGUGGGACGGCUACGGCGGCGGACCCAACUCAAACGGCCACGCUAAUAAUGGUAAUGCUUUGAGGAAAACGACGGCUAGAUAUUAUGGAUAUGCUGGAAAAGGCACCGAGUGCCAGCCACGCGUGCGCCGAAGCAACAGCCUGACUCCGCCAGUGUGCAUUCCACAAGCGGACCUGACCAGCUCUCAGGACGAUCUCUGUACACGGCCGAAACCACGCAGUUUCUCCCUCUCCUCGGAACACGCCCCCCUCAGCCCACAGAGCUCACUGGCCUCCUCUGGCAGCGGCUCCGAGUCGCACCUGGACGAGUUGCGCGCCGCCUCACAAGCCUCCACCGUCAUGGAGCACCCUGGGAUGAAAGAUGUGCCGAUGUGGCUCAAGACUCUGCGCCUGCACAAGUACGCGUGGUUGUUUUCCUCUCUGACCUACGACGAGAUGCUUUCACUUUCUGAGGAGGCCCUUGAGGCGCGAGGCGUCACCAAAGGUGCUCGCCACAAGAUUGUACUCAGCGUGAAGAAGCUGAAAGAUCGACCGUCAACCCUUUUGCAAUUGGAGCAGGAGGUGGAGAAGGGAAGUGGACUGAGGACAGCGCUCGACGAGCUAAAGAACAUUCUGAACACACCAAUCAAGCCGCUUGACGCGAACCCAACUGAACGUGACGACUUGCCGAUACUCUACACCAGGGUGCUUGGAAAGAUGGCCUCACAGCUACUGACGGGCAAGAAGCAACCCGAGGAGGACGUUCUGGCCGCUUUCCAGUCGGUGCUGGAUCGGUGUGUAGCUCACGAUGCGUUUGACAGUUCCUGCCGCUCCCGCAUUUCCGCCUGGCGCCAGCAGCUGAUGCAGCUCUUACCGCACGAGCGGCACGUGCCCCAGAGAAAGUAUAGCCACCCCUUCAGCGACGGAGUGGGCCGAGGACGCCCGCUGCAGGCACCGGCGAGCCGCUUUGGCGGUAACACCGCACGCCACGCCUCGCCACCAGUGCUGGCUAGUUCGUUUCCGGCUGGGGGCACCGAUUCGCUGAUCAGCAUGCAUCGCUACUCCGACAAUUCGUUCUUUGCUAAGCGACCUAGCCUCCAAGAUCCACUGACUGAGCCCCUGCAAACGCUAUUCAUGCAGCAACGGAACAAGAACGCUCAGACCAAGGCGACGACAUCUCCACAGCUGUGCGGACUGGCGGCGAGCACCUACAGCAAGCUGCACCCGACCGAGACUGAGACAACAGCUGACAUCAACACGCGACUUGAGUCGCUGUGCCUCAGCGUGACUGAACACGCCCUCGGGGGCCCUGGUAUGGGCGAGAUUUGACCCCUGACCUCUUGCGCCACACCACCUUGUGAUGACGUUACAAGACUGAACACCAUUUUCUCCGGCCCAGGGUGUUUGUUGCCGCCCCUCGUCCCCUGAGCUCCGGCCCUGCCGAGCAGCUGCUAUAUCACGUAAUCUGGCUAUGAGGGAGGCCUCUCGCAGACUCGGCAGUGUGCCCCAAGUACAAACACACACACACACAUACAC